ACUUAUUUGUCAUGCCAAGGCCACCAUACAUACAGUUGCAGACUUCACGUGGGCCAACAUUUUCGACAACGUCGCUGAAGUUAUACCACACAUUGCACCGAAUUGCUGUGGCCAUAUAAUCGGGUAGAAAUGACAGAAAAAGGAAAUACCCAGGUGGGGAAGAAAUCUCCAAAGAGAAAACAUUCUGAAAUGGACAGCUCCACUGGUGAUGCUAAGAGUAAGAUUAAGAAGGUCAAGAAAAUGGACAGCUCCACUGGUGACGCUAAGAAGGCCAACAAAAUGGGAAAGGUCAAGGGAGAGAUGCUAUCACCAGAUCAGAAGACUAAGCUAAAGAAAGAGAUUCAUGCACCAAAUGGAAAGGAUAAGCUUUCUAAGGUCUCAAGCAAGCCCAGGUUCAGUGCAAAGAAACCAGCCCCCAAAUCAAAGGAGAAUUUCACCAAAAAGUCAGGUCAGAAGGGUGGGAAGCCAUUUCCCAAGCAAGGACACUUCAAGCAGGAUAAGCAGACUAAACCUUGGAAAGAAGGACAGAAGGGCAAAGAAGGCGGUGAUGAAGCUGAAAAGACCAAACGUCCUAAGUUGGAGGAGCUGAAGAAGAAGGAGAGAAAGCAAGUCAGGAAGCAAAUGAAUAGCAACUUUGAACUAGCUCAGAAAGCCAAAAACGCUUGGGAGGUUGUUAGAAAACAUAAUUGCAAACCAGAAACGAGGACCAAGCACAUAACAGAGCUGUGUGACCUUCUUGAUGGACGAGUGUUGGAUUUGGUGAAGGCCCAUGAUACGGUUAGAGUGAUCCAAUGCUGUGUUCAGUUUGGAACCCCUGAGCAGAGGACAAAGAUAUUUGAGGAAGUAAAAGAUCAUAUUGUUGAGCUCACCAAAUGCAAGUAUGCCAAGUUCUAUGUGCUGAAGAUGUUCCGCUACGGCUCCAAGGAGCAGCGUCUGGCCAUCAUGCGCUCGUUCCAUGGUAAGGUCUGUCAGCUGGUGAGGCACAAGGAGGCUGCAGAAGUGCUGGAGGAAGCCUACAACAACCACGCCAAUGCCCAGGAGAGGUCUGCUCUCAUGGAGGAGUUCUAUGGUGCUAGGUUUGCUGUCUUCAAGUCUACAGGUAUACACACCCUUGAUGAGAUUCUUCAGAAAGACCCCUCCCUUAGACAAGGUAUCAUGGAUCAUAUGCUGAAAACACUCACUCCUCUGCUCGAUAAGACUGUCAUCAAGCACACUAUUGUACAUAAAGCUAUUUAUGAUUUCUUGCUGCAUGCCACUGAGAAGAUGAGAGCAGAACUGAUUGAAGCUAUGAGAGAGGUAGUGGUCCAGAUUCUACACACCCAGGAUGGUGCUAGGGCAGCUAUGCACUGCCUCUGGUAUGGUACAGCAAAGGAUCGUAAAGUGAUCAUCAAGUCCUUUAAGACAUUUGUUCAGAAGAUCUGCAAGGAGGAGUUUGGACACAGAGCACUAUUUGCACUGUUUGAUUGUGUGGAUGAUACCAAGAUCGUCAGCAAAGUCAUCCUUGAGGAAAUGAUGAAAGCUGCGUAUGAGGUAGCGACGGACCAGUAUGGACGAAAGGUCUUGCUCUAUCUGCUGGUUCCAAGAGACCCAUCUCACUUCCAUCCAGACAUCGUGAAGCAACUACAGAGAGGGGAUGACAACCCCGUCAGUAAAAAGGAAAGUGCAGUGAGGAGAAAGGAGCUUUUGGAAGCCGCAUCCCCUGCUCUACUAAAGCUUCUUAUCACACACACCAAGGAGAUGGCUUAUAGUAAAUCCAACAGUCAACUAGCAUUGGCUUUGCUUCAACACAUAGAAGGUGACAAGAGUGCAGUGUACAGCAUGUUGGCCACUCUGGCAGCUGAGGAGCUGGUGCCGAUCCUGGUCAAUGACCCAGGCAAAAUGGAUGAGAUGCACAUUGUUGAGCAUCCCUCUGGACAUCUUAUGUUCAAGAGGUUAUUGGCUCAUGAGAAAGCAGAGAGAGAGAAAGGAGAUGUAUCAAGCUCAUUAUCCGAUUGCCUCCUUGAAGAGCUGUCUGAUGAGAACAUCCGAUCUUGGCUCAGGAUAAACAGAGGUGCCUUUGUCUUGGUCAGCCUUGUAGAAUGUGGAAAUGACGCUGCCAGGAAAAGGAUAUGUACAGUGUUACAAGAAUCCCGUAAGAAUGUGGACAAGCUCACAUCAAAAGGUGUCCAGGUUUUGAAGGAGAAGUUGGACCUCUAGUACUGAGAUGUACAUUAAUGGAUACCUCGGUGAAAGUAUUUUGUAAAUAAUAUUCCGUUUAGAGUACAGCCAAGGAAAGAAUCAGCCGGAAAAGAUUGAAAUUGCAUCAGUUAUUCAUGAUAUGAUUGUUUCCGUUAAUGUCUUCUAGCGGCAUUGGAUAACAAUUUUCUUUGAUUACAAUUUGUUUUGUCUGUUGAAAUGAUGAUUUUGACAAUAAGAACUCUUUGGUAUCAGAUUAACUUUUUUCCCUGAAUCUUGACUAAACUCUGCUUUGGACAAACUGCUCUGCCCUUUACGCUGUAAGGGAUCUCAAAGGUGAAAAUACAACUAUAUUUACUUCUUGUUGGCCUCUGCCACCAGGAUGCUUGAUGAUUAUCUUUAAAUUAAUAUAACAGUUUGUCUCUACUUUUGAUGAACUAUUGAACAGUGACCUAUACUGGCAUAUACAUGUAUAUGUACAAAUGAUACAUGAAAUUGACAAAAUGAUUUUUGAAAAUGCAAAGAAUCUGUAUUCUUAGCAGGAACUCAGUAUCUACAAUACAAAGUUCAUAAUGAUCUUGUAGCCCUGAUAGCACUUGCACGUUCAUUAAAAACUUCCACAGCGUAUUAUGCCCUAAUAAUGCUAUACAAAUCAAUCAAUCAAUCUGUCAGUAAAAGCGUUCUUGCAUGGUCUCUCUCUAUUGUUUGCAUAUACAUUUAGUAUGCCUACAGGCUCUCCUUAAGCUAUCCUCAUUCAGUGCCGUCACAAUAGACCAGUUCACGGUUAGCACAUGGCUGCAAUGACCCCGAAUAUUCACCGAUCUUCAAAACAUGAAGAGGUCCCACUUUGUAUAUUUUGAAAUAAUC